AUGCCUUCGCCAUCAAUCUCUUCGACCUCAUCGACCUCAUCGACCUCGUCACAAUCCAGCAGCGACACCCUACGCCCGUUUUCCACGACCAGCGAAAGCUCUACUCCUAAGCCUUCACCUCAAACCCCUCCUGACACAGACGGAGAUACUAGCGUCUCCACGCAGACACAACCUAUGUCGUUGACUAUCACUGGCGACGGUAUUUCUUUGAGCAUUAUCUCGACUACCACGCAUGCGAACCCCACCUUCACACGCACGGCUUCCAUCGCCCCGCGCCCGACCUUUACUCCCAAAGAGUUGUCAGGCGAUCCUAGCUUCACCUUUCGCCCCGAUCCUGUGGUGCCGUCGACCACGGUGACCUCGUCAAUACUCUCCACUACUUCCUCUACGUCGAGUCAAACACUUCUCACAACCAGCUAUCCCACGCCCAUUGCUAUAUCAGCCCGCCCCGAGUCGUCAUUCUUGGAGCCCAGGCCUGGAUCGAGUUCGGCGCAUACCUUUCCACCUCUCCCUUUCCGGAUUUCAAGCAGCUCCGAUUUUCCAUCCAUCUCGACAGCAAGCGAAGGUACGAGUUCAGGAAGGGAAUCCACCUUUCCCACUACCACGCAAGACCUUGGAGCCUCCCCGCCGAGUCCCUCCUCUGCUACCGUCGCAAGCCAUACUCCAGGCCAAUCUCGUUCUCUCAGUCCAAGAGCGAUUGCCGCAAUAUCGUUGUCCGCAGUCGCUGCUGUCGGGCUGUGCGCGGCGCUUUGCUACGUUUUCCGUUUACGGCGGAGAAAGCGAGAGGCUGCCGCACCCCCUGGAGAGAACUACUCUACGUAUGGAGAGAGCAUCAUCGGGCUCCGAGUCAGCAGCGACACGGCAAGCACCUCAUCCGACGCUCAAUAUGCAUCCGCCUCUUCCACCCUGGACAUUCGCGCCUCGUCCGGCACAUACAACUUUCCCCUCCCUCCCAACUACGACCAUCGGCAUGGGCCCAACAUGAGUCAGAGCGCGAGCUCUUUGACGGUUCUCAUACCCUCACGGGACGCGAAGUCACCCAACCGGAACAGCACGCUGUCCCAGGAUAGCAUUCCGCUCCCCUCCUCCACGUAUCUGGACCACAACGUCGAGGAACCUGUGGACUGGGUGGACGUCUGGAACCUCCCCCGUGCCAGUUCGGAGCUCAUGCGGCACGCCGAUCUAUCAGAGACGUCGUUGUCGGCGCAUCACGAUCCGGGCAUCGGGUCAGCCAUGUAA